GUCGCCCGCUGGUGUCGUCAUACCGCACAUCAUCGCAUUGCGCCGCAUGGCACCGAGCAGGGCGGGGGCAGCCAUGAGCACGGACGACCUGAUCGAGACCUUCAGGGCGCAGCUGAGGGAUGACCCCGACGUCGCCUCGGCGGUGGCCGCCAUCCGCGCGCUGCUGGGCUUCCUGCGGCAGGACCGAGGAGAGACCAUCCAGGGCCUGCGGAGCAGCCUGCGCGAUGCCAUCGACACGCUGUCGCGGGUGGACUCGUCCGUGGCCGUCAACUCCGGCGGGGAGCUGUUCCUGCGCUUCAUCAGCCUCACGUCGCUCGAGUACUCGGACUACUCCAAGUGCAAAGAAAUCAUGAUCGAGCGCGGGGAGAUCUUCCUCAGGAAGGUUUCUCUGUCCAGGAACAAAAUCGCCAAACUGUGUCAUCCCUUCAUCAGAGACGGAGCUAGGAUAUUGACACACGCCUACUCACGAGUGGUCCUCAGGGUGCUAGAAGCAGCUGUUGAGUCAAAGAAGCGAUUCAGCGUUUAUGUUACUGAAUCACAGCCAGACCAAGCAGGGCAAAAAAUGGCAAAAGCCCUGAGGAAACUGAACAUUCCUGUGACUGUGAUACUGGAUGCUGCAGUUGGCUACAUUAUGGAGAAAGUGGACUUGGUCUUAGUUGGUGCUGAAGGUGUAGUAGAAAGCGGAGGCAUUAUUAACAAGAUUGGCACCAAUCAGAUUGCUGUGUGUGCCAAAGCUCAGAACAAGCCGUUCUAUGUGGUGGCAGAAAGUUUCAAGUUUGUAAGACUCUUCCCUCUAAACCAGCAGGAUGUCCCAGAUAAGUUUAAGUACAAAGCAGACACGCUGAAAACAAGUCAGAAUCUAACAGAGGAACAUCCCUGGAUUGACUACACGUCACCAUCACUUAUCACGUUACUGUUUACAGACCUUGGUGUGUUAACUCCAUCAGCUGUCAGCGACGAACUCAUUAAACUGUAUCUGUAACUCAAUGGACAUGGUGUGCAAUGUGUACCAUCCUCAGUGACUGUCACAGCUGUAAGAGCCUGGGAGGUGACACAAGUGGGGUGGACAAGGUGAGGAGGCAGCAUUACAAGGAUUCAUGUCAUUAUCAACCUUCAGUUUAAGGCAUUACCUGUGGAUGAACCACUGUUUAGGAAAAAAAAAUGGAAGUUGUUACAGCUUCUGAAUUCCUUAAAUGAAUUAUUGGAGAAGAGGGUCAAGUAUUUUAGUACUGUAAAAUAAAGUAACUUAUGGUGCAUUCAGCCUCA